CCCCCCUGCCCGGCAGUUAUAAUGAGCGCCUCCCAAGCGCGGCUCCACCAGGCCGCAGGAGCGGGCGGCGUCGGAGGCGGCGGCAGUAGCAGCAGCGGGAGCAGCACGCAGGGCGCCGGCGGAGCAGGCGAGGCGGCGGCCGAGAUGCCGGCCACGGAGAAGGACCUGGCCGAGGACGCGCCCUGGAAGAAGAUCCAGCAAAACACCUUCACGCGCUGGUGCAACGAGCACCUGAAGUGCGUCAACAAGCGCAUCGGCAACUUGCAGACCGACCUGGGCGACGGCCUGCGCCUCAUCGCCCUGCUGGAGGUGCUGAGCCAGAAGAAGAUGGGCCGCAAGUACAACGCCCGGCCCACCUUCCGCCAGAUGCAGCUGGAGAACGUCUCGGUGGCCCUCGAGUUCCUCGAGCGCGAGAACAUCAAGCUGGUCUCCAUCGAUAGCAAAGCCAUUGUGGAUGGGAACCUGAAGCUGAUCCUGGGCCUGAUCUGGACGCUGAUCCUGCACUACUCCAUCUCCAUGCCCAUGUGGGACGAGGAGGACGACGAGGAGGCCAAGAAGCAAACCCCCAAGCAGCGGCUGCUGGGCUGGAUCCAAAACAAGCUGCCUCAGCUGCCCAUCACCAACUUCAGCAAAGACUGGCAGAGCGGCCGGGCACUCGGUGCUUUGGUGGACAGCUGUGCCCCAGGGCUGUGUCCUGACUGGGAUUCGUGGGAUGCCAGUAAACCUGUCAACAACGCCCGGGAGGCCAUGCAACAAGCCGAUGACUGGCUAGGCAUCCCACAGGUGAUCACUCCGGAAGAGAUAGUGGACCCCAACGUGGAUGAGCACUCUGUCAUGACGUACCUCUCCCAGUUCCCCAAAGCCAAGCUAAAGCCUGGAGCCCCACUCCGGCCCAAGUUGAACCCCAAGAAAGCCAGAGCUUAUGGACCAGGGAUUGAGCCCACUGGAAACAUGGUGAAGAAGAAGGCAGAGUUCACAGUGGAAACCAUCAGCGCCGGCCAGGGAGAGGUGCUGGUCUAUGUGGAGGAUCCUGCUGGACACCGGGAAGAGGCCAAGGUCAUUGCCAACAACGACAAGAAUCGGACGUUCUCAGUGUGGUACGUGCCAAAGGUGACGGGUGUUCACAAGGUGACUGUCCUAUUUGCUGGGCAGCACAUUGCCAAGAGCCCCUUUGAGGUGAAUGUGGACAAGUCUCAUGGGGAUGCCAGCAAGGUCACCGCCCAAGGCCCUGGCCUGGAACCCACAGGGAAUAUAGCGAACAAAACCACCUAUUUCGAGAUCUUCACUGCUGGUGCUGGAGUAGGGGAAAUCGAAGUCAUCAUCCAAGAUCCCAGCGGCCGGAAAGGGACGGUGGAGCAGCAGCUGGAAGACAAGGGCAACAGCACUUACCGCUGCACUUACAAGCCCACCCUGGAAGGGACGUACACCAUCUACAUCACCUUUGGGGGCAUCCCCAUCCCCCGCAGCCCGUACACGGUCACGGUGGGCCAGGCGUGUAACCCCAACGCAUGUCGGGCGGUUGGCCGGGGCCUGCAACCUAAGGGGGUCCGGGUGAAGGAGACGGCGGAUUUCAAGGUCUACACGAAAGGAGCCGGCAGCGGUGAACUCAAAGUCACAGUCAAAGGCCCGAAAGGCCUGGAAGAACGCGUGAAGCAGAAAGACCUUGGGGAUGGAGUCUACAGCUUUGAGUACUAUCCAACUGUAUCUGGCAACUACACGGUCACCAUCACCUGGGGCGGGCAGCAUAUCCCUCGCAGCCCUUUUGAGGUAAAAGUGGGAACAGAAUGUACGAGCCAGAAGGUGCGGGCGUGGGGGCCCGGAUUGGAAGGAGGCGUUGUGGGCAAGUCGGCUGACUUCGUGGUGGAAGCGAUUGGGGAUGACGUUGGGACGCUGGGCUUCUCCGUGGAAGGUCCCUCCCAGGCGAAAAUCGAGUGCGAUGACAAGGGCGACGGAUCCUGCGACGUGCGCUAUUGGCCCCAGGAGCCAGGGGAGUACGCCGUUCAUGUGCUCUGCAACAAUGAAGACAUCAAACUCAGCCCCUUCAUGGCGGAGAUCAAAGCCGCUCCAAGGGACUUCUUCCCAGAGAAGGUGAAAGCCCACGGCCCAGGCUUAGAGAAGACUGGUGUGGCUGUCAACAAGCCGGCGGAGUUCACCGUUGAUGCCAAGAACGGUGGCAAGGCACCUCUCAAGGUGCAGGUGCAGGACGCGGAAGGCUCUCCCAUGGACGUCUCCGUGAAGGACAACGGCAACGGCACGUACAGCUGCUCCUACCUGCCCAAGAAGCCGGUGAAGCACACGGCCAUGGUCUCCUGGGGAGGAGUCAACAUCCCCAACAGCCCCUACAGGGUCAACGUUGGAGCUGGCAGCCACCCCAACAAAGUGAAGGUGUACGGGCCGGGUGUAGCCAAGACAGGCUUGAAGGCCCACGAGCCCACCUACUUCACAGUCGACUGCACAGAAGCUGGGCAGGGUGAUGUGAGCAUUGGGAUCAAGUGCGCCCCAGGAGUGGUGGGUCCGGCAGAAGCCGACAUAGACUUCGAUAUCAUCCGUAACGACAACGACACCUUCACGGUCAAGUACACGCCACGCGGGGCUGGCAGCUACACAAUCAUGGUGCUUUUUGCCGACCAGACGACCCCCACCAGCCCCAUCCGGAUCAAAGUGGAUCCUUCCCACGACGCCAGCAAGGUCAAGGCCGAGGGGCCUGGCCUCAACCGGAGUGGAGUAGAAAUUGGCAAACCCACCUACUUCACGGUCAACACCAAAGCAGCCGGGAAAGCCAAGCUGGACGUCCAGUUCACUGGGCCGGCAAAGGGCGAGGCCGUCCGCGACUCCGAAAUAAUUGAUCACCAUGACAACACCUAUACUGUCAAAUAUACCCCUGUACAGCAAGGGAACAUUGGUGUGAACGUCACCUACGGCGGAGACCACAUCCCCAAAAGCCCUUUCAGUGUGGGGGUGGCCCCUACCCUGGACCUGAGCAAGAUCAAGAUUUCUGGACUCGACGACAAGGUGGAGGUGGGCAAAGACCAGGAGUUCACAGUCAAAUCCAAGGGGGCCGGCGGUCAAGGCAAGGUGGCGGCCAAAAUCGUGGGGCCCUCCUUCAAAUCCGUCCCGUGCAAGGUGGAACCGGGUCUCAGCCCCGACAACAGCGUGGUGAAGUUCAUCCCCCGCGAAGAGGGGCCUUACGAGGUGGAUGUGACCUACGACGGAGUGCCUGUUCCGGGCAGCCCCUUCCCCGUGGAAGCGGUACCGCCCACCAACCCAUCCAAGGUGAAGGCCUAUGGACCAGGCCUGAAGGGCGGCUCGGCCGGCUCCCCGGCUCCCUUCACCAUCGACACCAAGGGGGCCGGGAACGGAGGCCUGGGCCUGACGGUGGAAGGCCCUUGCGAGGCCAAGAUCGAGUGCCUGGACAACGGCGACGGCACCUGCUCCGUGUCCUACCUGCCCACCGAGCCCGGGGAGUACAACAUCAACAUCCUCUUCGCCGACACCCAUGUGCCGGGCUCGCCUUUCAAGGCCCAGGUGGCGCCCGGCUUCGACCCCUCCAAAGUGAAGUGUUCCGGACCCGGGCUGGAGCACGCCACGGUGGGGCAAGCCGGGGAGUUCAGCGUGGACUGUUCCAGCGCCGGCAGCGCUGAGCUGACCAUCGAGAUCAUCUCCGAGAGCGGCACGCAGGCCGAGGUCCACGUGCGGGACAACGGGGACGGCACGUACACCAUCACGUACAUCCCACUCUGCCCGGGGAUCUACUCCAUCACCAUCAAGUACGGAGGGCAGCCGGUGCCCAAUUUCCCCAGCAAGCUCAACGUGGAAGCCCCCGUGGACACUUCCGGGGUCAAAGUUUACGGCCCUGGAGUUGAAGGCAAAGGUGUGUUCCGUGAGGCCACUACGGAAUUCAAUGUGGACGCGCGGCCUUUGACCAAGGCCGGAGGGCCUCACAUCAAAACAAGGGUGUCCAACCCCUCUGGAAACCUGACGGACAGCUAUGUGCGCGACAACGGAGAUGGCACCUACCACGUGGAGUACACACCUUAUGAAGAUGGUGUCCACUCCAUUGAUGUGACCUACGAUGGCAGCCCGGUGCCCAACAGCCCCUUCCGCGUCCCAGUAACAGAAGGCUGUGACCCCACAAGGGUCCGCGUCCACGGCCCUGGCAUCCAGAGCGGCACGACCAACAAGCCCAACAAAUUCACAGUGGAGACCAGGGGCGCUGGUACCGGUGGGCUCGGCCUCGCUGUCGAAGGUCCCUCCGAGGCCAAGAUGUCAUGCACGGACAACAAAGACGGCAGCUGCUCCGUGGAGUACAUCCCCUACGAGCCCGGCACCUACAACCUCAAUGUCACUUAUGGCGGCCACCAAGUGCCAGGGAGCCCAUUCAAAGUGCCCGUGAACGAUGUGGUGGAUUCUUCCAAAGUCAAAUGUUCAGGCCCUGGCCUCACCCCUGGUGUGGUCAGAGCCAACGUGCCUCAGUCCUUCACCGUGGACACCAGUAAGGCCGGUGUGGCACCCCUCCAGGUGAAAGUCCAAGGCCCAAAAGGAGUGGUUGAGCCUGUGGACAUUGUGGACAACGCUGAUGGCACGCAGACGGCAAACUACAUUCCAAGUCGGGAGGGUCCGUACAGCAUCGCGGUACACUACGGAGAUGAGGAGGUGCCCCGCAGCCCGUUCAAGGUCAAGGUCCUGCCCACCCACGACGCCAGCAAGGUGAAGGCCAGCGGGCCGGGGCUGAACACGACAGGCGUGCCAGCCAGUCUGCCGGUGGAGUUUACCAUCGAUGCAAAGGAUGCGGGCGAAGGGCUUCUGGCGGUCCAGAUCACGGAUCCCGAAGGCAAGCCGAAAAAGGCCACCAUCCGUGACAACCAGGACGGCACCUACACUGUCUCGUACGUCCCGGACAUGACCGGCCGCUACACCAUCCUCAUCAAGUACGGCGGGGACGAGAUCCCUUACUCGCCCUACCGCAUCCGGGCCCUGCCCACUGGAGACGCCAGCAAGUGUACGGUGACAGUGUCGAUUGGAGGUCACGGGCUAGGAGCAGGCAUCGGUCCCACCAUCCAGAUCGGAGAAGAGACGGUGAUCACGGUGGACGCCAAGGCCGCCGGGAAGGGCAAGGUGACGUGCACGGUCUGCACGCCCGACGGCACGGAGGUGGACGUGGACGUUGUGGAAAACGAGGAUGGGACCUUCGACAUCUUCUACACAGCCCCCCAGCCAGGCAAAUACGUCAUCUGCGUCCGCUUUGGAGGGGAGCAUAUUCCCAACAGCCCUUUCCAGGUCACGGCCCUGGACGGUGAGCGCACGACCCCCCAGCAGAUGGCGCAGCCGAUGCGCGCCCCGCCCUACGCGUACCCGCCUGGUGCACAGCAGCCGUGGGGACCGACAGUAACAGCGACGGAUCGUCCCGUGAACGGGCUGGAUGCCGGACUGCGGCCUUUCGACCUGGUCAUCCCUUUCACGAUCAAGAAAGGAGAGAUUACAGGGGAGGUGCGCAUGCCCUCCGGGAAAGUGGCCAAGCCGGACAUCACGGACAACAAGGACAGCACCGUGACCGUGCGGUACGCCCCCACAGAGGCCGGCCUGCACGAGAUGGACAUCCGUUACGACAACGUGCACAUCCCAGGCAGCCCUCUGCAGUUCUACGUGGACUACGUCAACAGUGGGCACGUGACAGCGUAUGGGCCCGGGCUCACCCACGGUGUGGUUAAUAAGCCAGCAGUCUUCACAGUCAACACCAAAGAUGCAGGUGAAGGUGGUCUGUCUCUGGCCAUCGAAGGUCCCUCCAAAGCUGAGAUCGGCUGCACCGAUAACCAGGAUGGCACUUGCACGGUGUCCUACCUCCCAGUUCUGCCCGGUGACUACAACAUCCUGGUGAAAUACAAUGACAAGCACAUCCCAGGCAGUCCCUUCACUGCCAAGAUUACGGGAGAUGACACCAUGCGGAUGUCCCACCUCAAAGUGGGCUCUUCUGCCGAUAUCCCCUUGAACAUCACGGAGACGGACCUGAGCCAGCUGACCGCCACUGUGGUCCCACCUUCAGGCCGCGAGGAGCCUUGUCUCUUGAAACGACUCCGCAAUGGCCAUGUCGGGAUUUCCUUUGUCCCCAAAGAGAUUGGGGAGCACAUCGUCAACAUCAAGAAGAACGGGCUGCACAUCCCCAACAGCCCCAUCACGGUGAUGAUCAGCCAGUCGGAAAUUGGGGACGCCAGUCGAGUGAGGGUGUCAGGCCCAGGGCUCAGUGAGGGCCGGACCUUUGAGCCCUCCGAGUUCAUCAUCGACACAAGAGAUGCCGGGUACGGAGGGUUGAGUCUGUCCAUCGAAGGCCCCAGCAAGGUCGACAUCAACACCGAGGAUCUGGAAGACGGGACCUGCAAGGUGACCUACUGUCCAACCGAACCGGGCAACUACAUCAUCAACAUCAAGUUUGCAGACCAGCACGUGCCGGGGAGUCCGUUUUCGGUGAAGGUGACGGGCGAGGGGCGCAUGAAGCAGACAAUCACGAGAAGCCGCAAGGCCCCGUCGGUGGCGAACAUCGGCAGCCAGUGCGACCUCAGCUUGAAAAUCCCAGAAAUCAACAUCAGGGACAUGACGGCCCAAGUGACCAGCCCGUCGGGCAAGUCUCACGACGCAGAGAUCUUGGAGGCGGAGAACAACACCUACUGCAUCCGCUUUGUGCCCACCGAGACGGGCAUCCACUCAGUCAGCGUCAAGUACAAAGGGCAGCACGUGCCCGGAAGCCCCUUCCAGUUCACCGUGGGCCCUCUUGGCGAGGGUGGGGCACACAAGGUGCGGGCAGGCGGCCCGGGGCUGGAGCGAGCCGAAGCCGGAGUGCCAGCCGAGUUCAGCAUCUGGACAAGAGAAGCUGGGGCCGGGGGCCUCUCCAUCGCUGUGGAGGGUCCAAGCAAGGCGGAGAUCGCUUUCGAGGACCGGAAAGACGGUUCGUGCGGCGUGUCCUACAUCGUGCAAGAACCCGGAGACUACGAAGUUUCGGUGAAGUUCAACGACGAACACAUCCCCGACAGCCCCUUCGUGGUGCCGGCCACUUCCACCUCCGACGAUGCCCGCCGACUCACUGUUUCUAGUCUUCAGGAGUCAGGGUUAAAAGUGAACCAGCCGGCCUCAUUUGCCGUCAGCUUGAACGGGGCCAAGGGGGUGAUCGAUGCCAAGGUCCACAGCCCCUCGGGGGCGUUGGAGGAGUGCCAUGUUACGGAAAUCAACGAAGACAAGUACGCAGUCCGCUUCAUCCCCCGCGAGAACGGCAUCUACUCCGUCGACGUCAAGUUCAACGGCAGCCACAUCCCCGGCAGCCCCUUCAAGAUCCGGGUCGGGGAGGUGGGCCAGGCCGGAGACCCGGGGAUGGUGUCUGCCUACGGCCCCGGCUUGGAGGGUGGUGUGACAGGAAAUCCUGCUGAAUUCAUUGUCAACACCACCAACGCGGGUCCUGGGGCACUGGCAGUCACCAUCGACGGUCCCUCAAAGGUGAAGAUGGACUGCCAGGAGUGUCCAGAGGGCUACAAGGUCAUCUACACCCCUAUGGCACCAGGCAGCUACCUCAUCUCCAUUAAGUAUGGUGGCCCGUACCACAUCGCCGGCAGCCCUUUCAAGGCCAAAAUCACAGGUGCCCGCCUGGUCAGCAGUCACAGCCUCCACGAGACGUCGUCGGUUUUCAUGGAGGGCGUGGCCAAGCCCGAGGGGGCGGCCCCCAAGUUUGCUUCCGAUGCCAGCAAGGUGGUGGCCAAGGGGCUGGGCCUCAACAAGGGCUUCGUGGGGCAGAAGAACUCCUUCACCGUGGAUUGCAGCAAAGCAGGGAACAACAUGCUGCUGGUGGGGGUCCACGGCCCCCGGACCCCCUGCGAGGAGAUCGUGGUGAAGCACCUGGGCAACCGCCUCUACAACGUCACCUACCUGCUGAAGGACCGAGGGGACUACGUGCUGGUGGUCAAGUGGGGAGAGGAACACAUCCCCGGCAGCCCCUUCCACGUCUCCGUGCCUUAAGCCCCGCCCCGUCGUGACACCGCCCCUCCCGAGCCACGCUCCGUAGUGCCACUAAAGCCUCCCACGGGAGAGGCCGCCUCUCAGCAAGCGGGGGGAGGAGGGUUGUUGCGCGUUUCCCGUGCCCGUGAGGCGGGCGAUGGGGGCGGGAGGGAAACGGGUUGCCCUUAAAGUAAGCAAAGAGGGGGUGGGGAAUGGGUCAAACUUUCCUGUGGAUCUGUUUACAUGCCGCACUAACUCCCCGACCGGUUUGCCGGCGACUUCCUCUCCCCCCCCUCGGAAAGGGGGAGGGGGUUGACCCACACACUUUCCCCCCCCACCCCCGCCCCUUGCCAAAGCACUGCCUUUCGUGCCCGUGGGACUGAAUCUCUGGGGCCACCCUGGCUUCUGCCAGGAAAGGGGCCCUAGCCCGCCAACGGGGCAUCCGGAAACGGCGUUUCUGUUCCGGUGCCAUCCACUGCUUCAGAGAAACCACUGCUCCUGGAGGGACACCGGGCAGCCCCCGCCUUCUCGCCUCGAGCUCUCCUCCUCCCUCUCUCUCGAGAAGGAGAGCCCUCUCCGUAGCCAGCGGCGGGAGCUGCCGGCGCGUCUCCCUGCUUUGCCAUUUUGUAACCGAGACCUUGUUUAGUCCUUCCAAGUCUUAAGUAAGUUGGCUGUUGGGCGCAACAGCUGGGCCCUUUUCUCUGACGAGGGAAGGAAAUAAAGUUCUGCUUCAAAUGGC